AGUACCAUCGAUUAACAAACCGCCACGUGCAGGGACGGAACAAUCAAUCAGAACGUCCGUCUCCGUCACCAGCCGCUAAAAAACCGUUAAUUUUCGCGGGUUUUCCAUGUAAAACAAUGUCCGUACCAUCGUAAACUCGAAUAUUCCUGUUUCUCUCACGUUUCCCCUCUCUCUGACUCUCCAUGGGCUCUCAUACUCUCCUAAACGACGUCGUUGAGAACGGCAACAUCAUGGCCAAUCAUCACGAAUCCGAUGACAGAUCCGCCGUCAUUUUUCUCGGCACCGGAUGCUCCAGCGCCGUUCCCAACGCAAUGUGCUUGAUCCAGCCGUCCGAUCCGCAUUGUCACGUUUGCUUCCAGUCCCUCUCCAUUCCACCGGAGCAAAACCCUAACUACAGGUGCAAUACAUCUCUGCUCAUAGAUUUUCAUAGCGAGAGUAAUGAUUCUAAACACAGCUAUAUAUUGAUUGAUGUUGGAAAGACAUUCAGAGAGCAAGUUCUUAGAUGGUUUACUUUCCACAAGAUUCCUCAAGUUGAUUCCAUUAUUUUAACACAUGAACAUGCUGAUGCAGUUCUUGGUCUUGAUGAUGUGCGUGCUGUUCAACCGUUUAGUCCUACUAAUGAUAUUGAUCCGACUUCUAUUUACUUAAGUCAGGCUGCCAUGGAUAGUAUUGCCGUGAAAUUUCCAUACCUAAUAAAGAAAAAGUUGAAGGAAGGUCAAGAAAUAAGACGGGUAUCACAGAUAGACUGGAAGAUAAUAGAGGAAGACUGCAAGAGACCAUUUGUUGCUUCAGGAUUAAAAUUUGUGCCUUUGCCAGUGAUGCAUGGGGAAGAUUAUAUUUCCUUGGGUUUUCUUUUUGGUGAAAAAAGUAGAGUAGCUUACAUAUCUGAUGUUUCACGCUUCCCUGAAAGUACAGAGUAUGUAAUUUCAAAAGCUGGUGCUGGGCAACUGGAUCUUCUCAUCUUGGACACUUUGUACAAGACCGGUUCCCAUAAUACUCACUUCUGCUUUCCUCAGACCCUUGAAGCUGUGAAGAGAUUAUGUCCUAAGAGAGCCCUUUUAAUUGGAAUGACACAUGAGUUUGAUCAUCACAAGGACAAUGAUUUCCUAAGAGAAUGGUCCAAUAGGGAAGGAAUACCAGUGCAGCUUGCGCAUGAUGGAAUGAGAGUUCCUAUAGAUUUAUGAUAAGAUGUUAGGAAUGCAUUUCUGCCACCCUUCAAAUCUGAGUAGCAUCGAGGCAAAUAUGAAAUGUGAACUGGUUUUGCCACUCCUAUAUGCAGGUUGAGAUAGGAGCUAUCAGUUGUCGCGCUAUAACAGGAGAAGUAAACGAAGCUGAAAUUAUUUAUAGCUUUAGCAGCUAACUAUGCGACAGCCGAAACUUUUUUUUUUUUGAAAUGGAAACAGAAAGCAUAUAGAAGGGGGAAUCAUAUGAAACUUGUGCUUGCACAAAUUACAACCUUUACUUAAUAUUUACCCCCAUUUUAUAAAAAAUAUUGUGUGCAAA